AUGUUUUGGAUUCUCAAGGCAAGCCAUCAGGCAAAUGAGCCCAUCUGCACCUUCAUAUGCUAUAUAUUUCCCAGGUAUCAGAGUAGUUCAAGCAGUUUCAAAGACUUUAGAAUUUUCAAGCUUUUAAAACUCUUGCCUGCCAAGUAUUUGCUAAAAUGCUUGAAUGAAAGACUUGAUUGUAUCUGUUCGUUCCUUGCUUCCGGUUCAGCCCCUUAUGGAUGCAUAGUUUCGACAGAUGAUGCAUCAAAGGUAGAAGAAGUUGUUGGAAAAAGUUUCUGAAGAAGUUGAUGCAACAACAGGAGAAGUAAUUGAUCAUAUUAAGAGGGGAAAAGAAAAGAUUGGAAGAGUAGUAGUUCCAGUUUCUUCAAAUCCUACUCAACAAGAGGUUUUAUUAUGGUUGAAGAAUCUGAAUUUUAUUCUCUGUUAAGGAGAAUACCAUUCUCACACUAAUGAUGGUUCCCUCUUAUAGUCCGAUGUGAUAAUUCUUGAUGUUAAAAGCUUUUCAAAGAAGGGAUGUCUCUUAUGAAAGAUGGUUUUGUCCGGGUUAGCUUCUAAAGCUGAUCUUAAGGUCCUGUUUCAGCCACGUCAUUUUUUGAAUUACUUUAUUUACAAAAACAAUGGCCCUGAUUAUCAACAUGAUGGAAAGAUCUCACAACUUGAGAAUGUGUAGAUUCAUUUCACUUCCAUUUUAAGAGUAACAGUAUCAUAACAAUAAAUGUGAAAUGAUCAUACCAAAUACACUUAAGAACACUCAUAUGUUCAAGCGAUUGGAAGCUAUAAUUAAGAUUUUACAAAGUUGAGGAUGGAAUGACUAUCGAAAUAUAGCUUUGACAUCCAUUUUUUGUAUGCUAUUCAAUCAAAAAGGGGUAGAUGCAUGAUUGGAAAUAAUGCGUUUUGGAGUAUUGCUUGCUUCCUAUGGUGAAAUCAGCAUUAAUUGGGUUUUUUGUUUAUCAAAUGGAAUAUGUUGUUGGAGAAGCUUUUAAGACUUAUAUUCCUGAAGAUUUUGGUUAAAAGAAAAGGUUUAAAACUAAACCCCAUUUCAAUGAUGUACUAUGUGAGGCAUUGCAAACAAGUACCCUUUUAUCGUUUUAAUCAAAAUGGUAUUAAGGUGGGAUGCUAUGAUAAUUGAAAGUUUAUUAUAGCAUCCCACUUUCAUUUCUUAUUACAACAUUGUAUAUUUUUUAAAGAACAAUGCCUGAAUGAGAAAACAUUGAAAGUAGAAUUUUGUAAUAGAAAGAUAUGAAAGUACGAUGUUGGAG